UAGUUGUGGAUGCUCUACCCCCUCGCUGUGUGGUUAGAACUUUCUCGUCUUGUUUUUUCGAUGAAGACGCUUCUUGCGUUGUUCUGUAGUUAUACCAUAUUCGUUAAUUGAUCCACAGAAGCAAGCAAAGGAAACGCAACUGGGGGUUCCAUCAAAGAUAUGCUCGAGUCAGUGGACUACAUGAUGCGAAAAACCCCGUUGAUGUAGAAACGCCAGUUUCGUUUGGCGUUAAAUCGUCUAAAUCCCGAAUUGAGAAAUGUUAGUGUUGUGGGUAAGCGUGUUUCUCAGUGGGUUUCUUGUUGGGGCACUUACCCUUGCUGCCUUCGAAGGCCUGGGACUGAUGCUGGUCUUGAAGCGACUCAAUCGCAAGAACACGAAACUAGAGGCCCAAAAUUUGUCAAGUUCUGAUCAACAGGGUCCGGAUCCUCGACAAUCCCUGGAGUCCUCUUAUACCAAGGAGGGAGUAGUCUGGGUUCUUGAAUCAGAUAAAGUUCCCAAAAUUUGGCUUUUGGAGAAGGUACCCAGAGAGCAAAAGAGGAAAAGGGAGUAUUUUGAGGUCUCACCUGCUCGAAAGUAUGCAAAAAUCAAGAACUGCUCACUGAUUUUGAAAGAAUCGGAUGGUUCCCAGACUGCUAUUUCUCUGAAAGGUUGCGUAAUAGAAGCUGUUUCAGCAACAAAUCUAUCUUCAAGAAAAUGGGCCAAAAGGUUCCCCAUAAGGGUGGAAAACAAGACUGAAGCAAUACAUAAUGGAAGUAAAAUAUUUUAUGUUUAUCUGGAGACAUCCUGGGAGAAGGAGUCAUGGUGUAAAUCCCUUCGCCUUGCUUCAGGUGAUAACAAAGAAAGAAUUAUUUGGUUCACCAAGUGGCACAACGAGUUCAACAGUUACCUGGCAUCCUUAAAAGCAGGUAACUUACCUUUUGGGAGGCUGAUGAUGGGGCUAAAUGGUGAGCCCUUGGAUCAUGAAACUAGGCUAGAUGGCUCGUCAUCAAAGGUGCGUCUAUUUUUAAAGAGGCUUGCCAGAAGGGCGUCAAAGAGUGGUGUAGAAAAUAAAGGGACCUUGAUUUCGUCGUAUGGCCGCAUAGAGAGAAAGACUAGUGAGAACUUCCGUCCAGUUCAAGAUUCAAUAUUGGCUACUACCUUGACUAAGAGUGCUCCGACUGUGAAGACACCCAAAAUUUCUUCCGCACGAGAAAGUACAGAAUUCUCAGCAUCAACCUUUCCUCACUCAGGAAGCCAAAGCAACCUUUCUUCAAUUUCUGAUGCAGAAGCUGAUGACAAGUUGAAUUUUGAUGAGGGUACAUUUUGUUUGAAUUUGUUAAUUUCCAGGCUCUUUUUCGAUGCCAAAAGCAGUUCGGAGGUGAAAAGUUCCAUGAAAGCCCGUAUACAGAGGACAUUGUCUAAUAUGAGGACCCCCAGUUAUAUAGGUGAAGUUGUAUGUUCUGACAUAGACCUGGGGAAUCUCCCACCUUAUAUCGGUGGUAUGAGGGUUUGUCCUACUGACAUGAAUGAAGUAUGGGCUUUAGAAGUUGAUAUUGAAUAUUCUGGCGGGGCAAUAUUUGAUGUUGAAACGAGGGUGGAAGUUCGUGAGUUAGAUCUCCAGAAAGGUGUGGCAGAUUCAAAUUCAGAAUCAAGCUCCAUUAAUGUCUCGCCUGACCUUCUUGAAGGUUUUGAGCAGUUGGGGAAGCAGUUGAAUCUUUCUGAAGGAACUAUUGAUGCAGAAGAGCACAAGAAUGCAGCGGAUACCAGUUUCGAUGGCGGCGUAUCAUCAUCAACUUGUGGAUCCAGGUGGAAGUCUAUUCUUAACUCUGUUGCUAAACAGGUUUCACAGGUGCCUCUGUCUUUGUCAAUACAAGUUGCAUCUCUUCGAGGAACUAUGCGAAUAUAUGUAAAGUCACCUCCCUCUGAUCAAUUAUGGUUUGGUUUCACAUCCAUGCCUAAUAUAGAGCUUGACCUGGCAUCGUCUGUUGGGGAGCACAAGAUUACUAGUGGACAAGUUGCUUCUUUCCUGAUUAAUAAGUUUAAGGCAGCCAUUCAGGAGACUAUGGUGCUUCCUAACUGUGAAAAUUUAUCGAUUCCCUGGAUGUUAGCAGAAACGGACGACUGGGUCCCUCGGAAAGUUGCUCCAUUUAUGUGGCUUAAUCAAGAAGCUGUUAGUGAUCAUACGGCGCAUGAAGCUUUCAGCUCUUUGCAACCUGUUGAAUCCGAAACCAAUAACGAAACUAGUAGGGGAACCUCCACUGAUCACACUGAAAGCAAGCACAAGAAAGAAAAGAAUGUUGACUGCCUUCAACAACCAACAAUUGAUUCCUCAAAUGCAUUGGGCUCCUCCUUGAGCUCUACAGAAAGAGGCAGCAAGUCCUUGCAACUAAAAACACCUUUGUUAGCUGAUGAUACAACAGAAGAAACAUGCAAAGAGGAUAUAGGGGAAACUCCCGAGAGUCAUUCACCUACUACAUCUUUGACAUCAUCAGAGAAGCAGGAUUAUGUCCUUGAAGAUGAUGAUUUGAGGCCAAAGAAAAUUGGAAGAAAAGCAAGGAUGUUUGAUUUUGGGAAGAAGAUGGGUGAGAAACUUGGGGAGAAGAGGCGUCACUUGGAAGAGGAGUAGGAAUAUUGUUGAGAACAUGCGAGGGCCAUAAAACUCCCGGAAGAACACUUCAACUAGCUGCACUUCAUGGAGUUGCUGACUGCACCAUACUUGGCUAGUAUAGAACUGCAACCCAUGGAUUUUCGCACUAAUACUAUUUUUAGGCACUAAAAUCACUUUGAAUAUGUUUAUUAUCAUUCAUAUCUCUUGCAGUUCAGUAUGUAAGGGGAAAGCUUGUCAUUCUGCACCUGCUAAUUUAGCCAGUAUGUGAAAUUUUCAGUGUGGAACUGUGGAAGUGCGAAACAGAUGAGUCUACUAAGUAAUUUUCCAAAAGGGCAUGCAUAAAAGUUGAAAUAUUA